CAGUACUUGUUUCUUAUUAGUAACACAACUCCUUUUUGUCUUUUACCUAUCUCUGACACGCAAGGCUGCACCACAUUGCCAUCAUCAUCGUGGAUCAUUAUCUUAUAAUAGUGACGAAUGAGGUUGGAGAUUCUGCCAGCAUUUGCUCACACACUCUGAAGUGUUUUAAACCAGCAAAGCAGCCAACUGCACACACUAUUGUGCAGUUAAUGAGCUCUUAUUGAAACACUUUGCAAAAAGCUCGGAGUCUCUCAGUUCCAGUGGCUCAGUCACAGCGCGCAGUGCACGGAGCCCAAGUGUCCAACACCGAACCUAUACCGAAGCCGACCGUUUUCAGCCCUUCGCGAGGCUGCGAGAAGCCUAGCCCUGGAUUCAAUACUUUUAAUCAAUGGACAGAGCCCUCUCAACGGCCAACCGAGGUACCGACACGCCAUAAGCAGUCCUUAUCCUCUGGCUGGUGUUCCCUCUGUGGUGUGGAGGGGGAUGGAGCGAGGUGGAGGUGAGAGUCCUCAUUUGCGGGAGAGCCCGGAGCGGCGUGGGAGCAGUAGUCCUGAAAUUGGUGGGCCACCACCGAAGAUGGGACGCCUAGAACUCAACGGCAGUCCCACCGGACACCGCAGUCGCCACAAUGGAGCCCCUCAGAGACCUCUCGGAGGUCUGAUGAUUCCAGUCUUCUGUGUGGUGGAGCAGGUGGAUGGAGGGAUGAUCUCAGAAGGUGAGAGCCGAGAGGAACAUGCCGAAUUUGUGCUGGUCAGGAAGGACAUCCUUUUCACUCAGCUGGUAGAGACGGCGCUUCUCGCCCUGGGCUACUCUCACAGUUCUGCGGCCCAAGCACAUGGCAUCAUUAAGGUGGGCCGCUGGAACCCCCUGCCCAUCCAUUACCUGACAGAUGCACCAGAGGCAACCGUUGCUGAUAUGCUGCUGGACGUAUACCACAUGGUCACACUCCGCAUCCAGCUACAGAGCUUUGCCAAGCUGGAGGACCUCCCAUCAGAACAGUGGAACCACGCUACAGUGCGCAACGCCCUUAAAGAACUGCUGAAAGAGAUGAACCAGAGUACGCUUGCUAAAGAAUGUCCACUCUCCCAGAGUAUGAUUUCCUCUAUAGUGAAUAGUUCCUACUACGCUAACGUCUCAACUGCCAAGUGCCAAGAGUUUGGUCGCUGGUACAAGAAGUACAAAAAGAUUAAAGGGGAUUAUUUGUGGCAAGGCCGGGAAACUUCUGAAAUCAAGGUUGAAAGGGACAGCCUUGCUGAUUUCUGCAUAUUACCACAACGUCCACCUCCUCACCUGGCUGGGUUGGCACAGCUUGGUCCAUUGAACAGUGCUGGGUCUCUGGUGAAAAGUGGAUCUGGAGAACCACAAAAUUCAGCACAAUCUCAGCCUCCAAACCAAGGGCAGCCACAAACUCCAUCAUCCCAUGGGCAGCUACAUCACAGUCCACCUCUACGAGCACAGGUGCCGCCUCCACCACCACCUACUGCCCUGCAACCUCUUUUGGCACCAGGGGGACUUCUUUCACCCCAACUCAGUCCGCAGCUGGUGAGGCAGCAGUUAGCCAUGGCUCAUCUUAUCAACCAGCAGCUGGCCGUCAGCCGCCUCCUGCAUCAGCACCCGCAGGCUCUUAACCAGCAGUUUCUUAAUCACCCGCCUAUCCCGAGACCUAGCAAAGCCGGUGGCCCUGGAGAGCCUGGGUCCAACCCCUCAGCUGCAGAAGUUUCCUCUGAAAUUUACCAGCAGGUGCGAGAUGAGCUGAAAAGAGCCAGUGUCUCACAGGCAGUGUUCGCUCGAGUUGCCUUCAACCGUACACAGGGCCUGUUGUCUGAGAUCUUGCGAAAAGAGGAAGACCCACGGUCAGCAUCUCAGUCCUUGCUGGUGAACCUCAAAGCAAUGCAGAACUUCCUCAACCUACCAGAGAGCGAAAGGGAUCGCAUUUACCAGGAAGAGCGCGAACGCAGCAUGAACCCUCCUGUGAGUCUCCCCCCAAGCACAAACCCUAGUCCUGGGGGCGUCCGCCUCUCUCAGAAAGUGUGGGAGCGCAGCAUUGAUGAACAGUUAACCCCUGACGCAUGGGCAUCUAUUUGGAAGAAUAAGACCAAGAUCACAAACUCGUGCAAGGUUUCUGGUCCUAACCCUGACCUUCCCCUAAAACUGGAGCCACUGGUGAACAUCACGUCAGCCAUCUAUGAUGAAAUCCAGCAGGAGAUGAAAAGGGCAAAAGUGUCCCAGGCGCUGUUUGCCAAAGUGGCAGCCAACAAGAGCCAAGGAUGGUUGUGUGAGUUGCUUCGCUGGAAGGAGAGUCCCAGUCCAGAGAAUCGGACUCUCUGGGAAAACCUGUGUACUAUCCGGAGGUUUCUCAGCCUACCGCAGGCUGACAGAGAUCUGGUAUAUGAGGAAGAGUCCCGUCAUCACCACAGCGAACGGCUGCACACUGUACUGCACUUGCCAUCUGACUCUCAGGUUCUUCACAGACAGCCUGUGCAGCCAAUGAAGGACCACUCUCCCAUCCGAGAAGACCCUGUACCCAGUUCUGGAGUUGAAGAGAGCCCUCAGGCUACUUCAGGCUUAGGGAACGGUGGAGGGGUUAGCACUGCUGCCAAAAAGCCUCGUUCCCGCACCAAGAUCUCGCUGGAGGCUCUUGGCAUCCUACAGAGCUUUAUCCAAGACGUGGGCCUCUACCCUGACCAGGAAGCAAUUCACACACUUUCAGCCCAGUUGGAUCUACCCAAACACACCAUAGUUAAGUUUUUCCAAAACCAACGCUACCAUGUGAAACAUCAUGGUCGGCUGAAAGAGCUGGGAGCUGAGGGCAGCGGUGUUGACGUGGCCGAAUAUCGUGACGAGGAGCUGCUCUCCAGUUCAGAGGAUGCAGAGUCUAGUGAAGAUGGCCAUGAGGAGAUAUACAGUGGGCACGAGAGUGCCUCAACCGGAGCAACCAACUCUGCUACAACCCCUGCUCUUUCUUCUGGCCAUGAUGAGAGUAAAGACAAAGGCCAGUCUCUUGGAUCGGCCAGGCCCAGCUCUCUGCCCCCAUCUGGUUCAUCACCCAGUCCCAGAGAUCAAGCAGAAUAUCAGAGAUAAAACCGAGUCAGUAAAGACUAUAAGUGGGGAAAGUCUAGGGGUGAGCACUUACAACUAUUCUGUACAGGACGAGAUUGUGUAGUGGACAGCUUAGAAAUUGACUGACAAGGAUGCAGUGUCCUUCAAGGACCUUUAGAAGGUAAACCAAACCAGACAAGAUCUGCAUAUCGAUUAAGGUGGCACACAAAGUGUUGCAGAAGAUAAACGAGGAGAGGUGAACCAAGUGUGUAGAUCCCAGGUCACAAAUAAGAAUGAGAGUACAAUACCUCAUACUGCAAGGAAAGAAUCUGGUUGCCUGGAAAGCUUUGAUUUCAUAGUUGUAUAUGCUUAGAUUUACAAGUUGUUAAUAUUACUUUUAAGAUGACUGCCUCAACCCCAAGACUCACCUCAUUACAUGUAGUACAAGACACUACACGUUUAAAACAAAAAAUUAUUUUAAAUAAUCUGAUUCGAAGAGCAGAGGGUCUUUCAUUAGAUACCACUAUCCAUGCGCCCUCUUCACCUCUACAGGGUUAUGGCAGGGACAGAGCUUAAGAUGAGCCAUGGAUCUUCAAUAGGACACCAAUAUAAUCACUCCUGCCAAAUCAGGGAGCUUUGUGAGUGGCUAUCCUCAUCUUCCCCUCCAUGAUGGGGCAUUCUGACUGGGGCCUGAAGCAGUCGGUUUGGUUGAAGGUACAGAGAUCUAGGGUGUACACAUCAGCCCAGCCCAUGAACCCUACUAUAAACACAUGUGGUGUGCAAAAAGGUCCACUGUUAGCCCAAUGGCGCUUUUGAAGAUUGCACCAUCCCUCCCACAACCAACCACAUCAUUCCAAGCAGUCCCACAUGGUUAACACAAUCAAUCCCUUUAUCCCACCACCCAUGCAACCCGUGCACCCAACACAGACUGCUUGCAACCGAUCUGUCAGACCUGUUUAAUGGUUGAAUGCUUGCUUUAUACAAAUACAUCUAGAUCAUAGGUUUCCCAGUCGUUCUUUCUCCGCACUUAAAAAGACAGCGAGAAAAAACACAGGAUCCAGUGGCAGGACGACUGACUGCUAUGGACAGAUUAAAGGACAAUGGUGAAGAUGCAGUUUAACUGCAUAAGCCUGCCACUGACCCAGAAAGGAAAAGCAAACAAUCUGCCAACAAUCAGGCGCUUGUGUGGAAGUGUGGUAGUCUAUUUCUCCUCUGUCGCCUCCCUCAUCUUUCUCUCUCUCUCUCUCUCUCUCUCUCUUUUACUGACUGGUGCCCACAAUGUCCUGAUUUGACCACACCUACCCACACCCAACUCCACAGCACUAUUUAUUGCUAUCUUCACCCACAAUUAUUAUUGUUGUUAUUGUUAUUAUGGUUGUUCUUGUUGUUAUUUUUAGUUGUAUUUCCAUGGUCUAAUAUCAGCUUUCGGCCAGCAGCGGUUGUUUUGGUAAAGAGAGACGUUGUGAAAGAAAGGAACACUGCCAAAACAGAGAGGCAAGAAUUAGAAGCAGUUACUGAAGUUACUGAGUAAAUCGUGUGAUAUAUAUAUAUACUGCCAAAUCUAUCAAAAUUAUGUACUUUUCCAAAGAGAACAGCACUUGGCAGAUGAGAAGUUGAAUAAUAAAACAAAAAAGGAAUUAUUAUCUUUUUGUGCAUAUAAAUGACAAUCCUAUUGAGCCAAUCAGAAUUCAGAAAUCAUGAACAUACAUUAUUCAAGAGAAAAAUGCUAACUUGAGGCAACACCUGUUGCGAUACGUUCAUGACAUCACGCCAACUCUUGGAUCCAGGGUUCUGAUUUGCUUUGAGAAUCAGCUGCUACCUGCUCUUUCGUGGACUAUAGAAAAAUGUCUAAUCUUACUCUAUCCCUAAACUAUUUUGUUUCAAAGUGAUAAUUGUGAUCCAUGUCCAUGUUUUGUCUAUUACUUAUGAAAUGUCUUUACUGUGCAAAAUGCUGAUGUGGUUUUGAAAUGACUUGGCCAUAUUGAAUCCAUCACAUAGAUACUGUGUCUGCAUCUGCACAUUCUAAAAUCUUACACCCAAACAAGAGUUACAUGGUAAUUUAUUUUGGCCCAACAUUGUCAUGAUAUAUUGGACACAAAGUUGAAGUUCUCAAAUUAAAGGUGUUCGAAAUCUCAGGAGCUUAUGUUUGACAUUUUAAAUGGAAUAAAUGCUGGAAUUUGCUGUUCACAUGACACACGGUCUCUUGUUGCAUUUGAUAAUGGAUCUAGCCUUUCAAUCCGAAGACUCGCAAUCUUCACUGUGAGAUGUUGGAUACCUGCGGGUUCUUGCAAAGGGUCUUUAAUAACACGGUAGUGAUUGCCUGCUUGAUCUACACCUUACUUAAGUCUGUCAAUCAUCCCUCACUUUUGGAGGCCUGUCCCACCCCUUUUGUUACUCUCCAGGCAUCUUCUCAAAAUCCCGCCACCCUGCCGAGCCCAGAUCAGCUGGAGACAAGCACUUCUGAUGAGUCCAUCCUUAUACACCUCCCAAAUUAUCCUCAUAAAUGAUGAUAGCUCGUGCACGCAUGUGUCUGUGUGUCCUAGACUGGUGUUUAACCUACCGUGGGGUUGGCUUCCCACUCAGCAUGAGAGAACAUCACACACUUUUUCAUCUUUGUCAGAGUUAGCGAAGAGAAAGAGAGAGACGCUUAGGAGAAAACAAAGAAGAUUCCAAGAGUCCCUGAUGAGCACUAGGUGAAGGUCACUGGCCAAUUAUCUAUGUCUUUCAUUCAGUCUUUUCAGUUCGCUAUACCAUCUCUCUGUUCCCUCAUUUUCUCGUUCACCAGGCGGGAAUGUAAUCGUUCUCUCUCAUGCUGUGGUGUCGAGGUUAAGUGGAGGUGAUCAUGUCUUCUUGUGAAGAGAGUAGUUCCUUGAGAGACAGCAGACUCCUGGAGCGACGUAUGCGAGAUGCGGAGUUGCGAGUAAGACAAAAGCUUAGACUUGUGUAGAUCGACUUUAGUCAUUUGCUAAGUAUCUCAUCACCGACAAAACCAUUAUAACAAUGGGUUGAUUUUCAAAGUUGUGAGUGAAAAUUCCAAAAGCAACAGGCCUCCAAAAGCUUAAGGUCUCAUAUGAUUUACUGUAAACAUCUACACAAACAAUAAGGUACUGUUUUAGACAAUAUAAAGUGAUCUAAUUACUGUUUAUAAUGUAUAACUUUGAUAUUAAAUUAACAGGUACAAAAGAAAAAUUAAACCUAAAACGACACAGAAACAUCAUUUACCCCACAGAUAUUUCGGAUAUUCCUAUCUCUUUUUUAUCUCACAGUGCCUCUGAACUAAGCACAAUGUUCUGGUUCUUUGCUUCGGAGAUGACAAAAUUAAGCGAUCUCAUAACUUUCAUAAUUGUUUUCAUGAUUUUUGUACUCAUAAACGCCUACAAUGUGAAUCAGGAUUGCCACUCCUGAAUUGGUACUUUCCUAGUCAAUCGAAUGCAUUGUCGUUAUCACUAAGUGAUAAUUAACUUAUGUGCAUCAUUUGGCUCUUUUGUUUGUAUGACAAUGUUUUUUUUGUUCUUCAAAUGCUGUUGUUUAAAUAAAGUACAUAU